AUGAAGUUUUCCACCUCCGCCCUCGCCCUCGUUGCCUCCCUGGCUCUUGCCGAACAGGGUGAGCAGUACACCGACAACGGUCGAUACUCCCUUGCCGGUAUUGACCAAUCUCUGUACCAAUGGCCCCAGUCUGACUACGUCUACCACAUGGCUGCUCAGCGAGACAAUCGCAACAUUGCCAUGCGAACCGACGGCCGAAACCUCUACUUUGGUGACGCCCGAGACAUCAAUGGUUCUCCUCUUCGAGAGGUCAAUGUUUUCAUCGAUAUCGCCGGUGAUCUGAACAUUGCUGGUCCCGACGCCUCCGCUCGAUACGUCGGCGUUGACAACGGCCGGCUCGCCUUGUCUACCCGACGAAACAACAACAUCAACAUCCAGCGAUUUGGUGAUAACCGUGUCUCUUGGAGAUACAACGACCAGCAGCAGUUCCAGGCCUGCCCCGUUGAUCAGUACGGCAAUGCCUACGAUAUUUCUGACAACCAGCGGUCUUCCGACCACCUCCACCAGGUGUAUGCUGGUCGAGCUCCUUGCUCGAAGCCCGUCACCGUUUCUCUGAACGGUGCCCGACAGAACGGUCUUGCUCGAUACCAGGACUCCCAGCUCCGAAUUGCCAACAACCAGCAAUUCCGGGACUCCCGAAUCGUCCAGAAUGACGGCCGUCUCAUGCUUGUCGACAACCGAAGCCACGGCAACUUGAACCAGUUCCAGGGCCAGCUCUCUUACCGUGGCCAGCUCGUUGAUAACCAGGGACGAUUCAUCCAGCUCGGCAACCAGGCUUCCAUGCGAUUCACUGACCGAAACCAGGUCCGAAACGGUCUGACCGGCUUUUCUUACCGAGAUAACCGACUCACCUACCAGAACCAGGGCUUCAUUGCCUGUCAGGUCCAGAACGGCAUGUGGGAGCUCCGGCCCACUGCUGUUGAGGCUGCUGCCGCUUCCUGUGUCAACCCUCAGUACGUUGAGAUCUCCAUGGAGCCCCUCAACUAA